AUGGCUGAUGUUGCCUUAACGCGAGACACCUUCGUUCUUCGUUUCUCAAUAUCUUCUAACACUAACUCCGUCGAUCCAACUCUGACCACGGCGACGUCCAUCCUCGGCGAUACUCAUUGGUACAGUCUUGAUCUCUUGACAUACACACGUCCGCUACUUGAGACCAAACAGAAAGACGAAGCACACUCCAUAAUGCCUGAAGCGAUCCAAACCCAAGAGAAACCCACGUCCACUGCAACCGAAGCCGAAUUCCAGCGCCUCACUGAGCGAGUCGUUGAGUUCUACGAGGAUUACGCACCUGAACUACGAGUCAACAAACCCAAGGCGAGGAUCGACCUCGAGGCUCUACUCGUUGACUUGGUUGAGAUGAUCGAGAACCUGGAGCCCUAUCUAGAUGACACCGUACUCGAGAGCCUCGUCGAAAAAACCGUCAAGAACAUGCACGAAAUCCUCGACGCCGAAGUCGUUGUCGAACUCGACCGGAUGCAACUCAACGAUAGUGCCGAGCCGCAGGAUUCGGAGAUGGCUUCCUAA